AUGAUGCGACAGAAGUGCUUGCAAGAGCACAUGGGUGCAUCGUCGCUCAAGUCGGCCAGAGAUUUGUUCACGGAAAUGAAUGAUGAGCAGCUUGCUGAUGUUCGCAACAAGGGAAUUCAGGUGUACUAUGCCAACGGAGAUGCUCUCUAUGUUCCGGCCGGCUGGAUUUUCGCUGAGCGCAUCCUCGGCUCGGCUCCUUGGGUCGGAGUUCGUGCUGGUGUGCUCUGUGACACUCUGGGUGCGAAGCAGGACUUGGAGUGGCUUGCCAAGACCUGGUGUCGAGAUGACGAGCUUAUGAAGGUGAUGCUGAAUUGCUUGACCAACAAGUUGGUCGGAGCUGGGACGGACAGGCAGCCCCUCGAAAACCCAGCGCCGCAAGAGCCACAAGGAGCAUUGCCAAAGCAGCCCAGCAAGCAGGAAGCCCCACAGGAUCAGAAAGGUCAGCUCGAAAAGCCAAGCAACGAAGUAGACGAAAAGUCUUUCAAAGAGAAUCUGGACAGGAUGGAGGCAGAGCACCAACGAAAGGAGCAUGAGAAACAACAGGAGCACGAGGAAAGGGAAAGGCAGAUGAAGGAGAAAGAGCAACAAGCUUUGCAACAACAAAUGAAAGAUCAGAAGAUGAAGGAGAAGGAGCAACUGCAGCUUGAACAGCAUGCACCCGAGCAUGAGCAAGCCCAGCAAAAGCCGGCAGCAGCCAAGGAGCCCGAAGCUUCGCCAGUACCAGUUCCAGGUAGUCACAAUCACAAAGGCACCCAGCCGGCACAGGGUGAUGAGCACACACACACCAAGCGAUCCGCAGAGGCAGCAUCAGCAUCGGACACCCCGAACCCGAAGACACAACGUGUGGAGGACUUAACCCACCUGUGA